AUGCUUAUUUUCUCAGUACUCAUGAGCGUUAGCGCAUAUUAUAUGCCACCCCCGAGACACGCAUUCAUAAUCACAGCUAGAACACUGUCACCAUAUCGUUUAGAUUCGCUACCAUUUGCACAGAUAGGCCCAUACAAGACAUCGACCGAUCCUAUUCUAUUUACAAGGCCAUCUAGGGUUGAAGCAGAGACGCCCUCUGAAGGGAAGGAGAAAAGUAGGCCCGAGGAGAAGAAAGAGGGGAUUAAGAACAGUCUUUCAAACAUCAUGUUUACAAGCGCGGUGUUUAGGUUCUUUUUCUACACGGUAAUGGGUGUUAUAAUAUUCUUCAUAGGGUAUCAAACAAGAAAGUGCCAUGAGGGCGGAUCCUAUGUGAGACUGCCAACGGCUUCAAGCAGCUGA